ACUUAAUUGUUAACAAUUCCCUUGGAAAAUCCAUCCUUACUGAAGCACUCAAUCGACGCCCUCUCAAUUCUACAAAUGGCAUAGAACAACAAUUUCGACUCACCAAUAUUCGUGAGCUAACAACUGAUCGUACCCCAUUAUUAUCAUUCAUGUUCUAUACUGGAGCCAUUACAUAUCAGCCAAACUCAUCACCUGCAUCAUUACAACACAGUUUUCAAAUACCAAAUCUUAUGGCUGAGAGGGAGUUUAUCGCAGAGGCGCUUAAGAUUUAUGACUGGAGAAAGGAGGAUUUAAUACCUCCAUUAAAGGACAAUAGUUUUAAGCAUUCAAACGAAGAGGCAUUGAAACAAGCUUUUAUGGAUACUUUAAUUCUCACUCUUUACGUGGACAUUGAACCAGAAUUUCAGGUGUAUUCUCAGAGCUCGAAUUUUGGUGGAAAAGCCAUUGAUUUAGUGAAGUCAAGUACCGGAAAAAUGAUAGCAAUCGAAUUUGAUAAUAUCAAAAUGGAAAAUGUUAAAUUGGAUGGAACUCGAGGUAGUUGGCAGGAAGCAACUGACAUUUCACGAUCAUUGUUGGAAAAAUCAGAGGAUGAAAUUUUAAGCCUUGAAAUUGGUGAUAAAUACCGGCCAAAUCAAAAGACAGUUCGUGAAGCUUUAGAAUCGAAGAUUAAAAAGAAAAGCAAUGAGUAUUUAGAUCCGUUAAAAAAUCAACACGAUGUAGAAUUGAGCUAUAUUAAACACAGGAUUACAAAAUUAAGUUUUACCCCAUAUUUGUGUAUGCAUGAUAAUUAUACAUUAUUAAGCAAUAAUUAUCAAAGUCGAAUUAUACAUCCCACACCACAUCAUGAGAUAGAAACGGAAUCCGAUUUAUCCGAUCCCGAGUGA